UCCUUCCGAAAAUACCCCCCAAAUUGAAACUUCCAUUUUUCUCCCCUGGGGACGAAGUUUCCUAUUGCUCGCUCUCAAAACCCUGGCUUCCCUGCCCCAAAACCUCUCUCUCUCUCUCUCUCUCUCUCUCUCUCUCUCUUCUGCCGCAUUUUUCUCUUCUUCUCUCUUUCCCCUUCUUCUACUUCUUCUUCUCCUCGCGAAUUCUCCUUUGAUGUUCUUCCUUCGAUCGCCGUCGUGCUAGGGUUUCGUCGCCACCGGCCGUUCUCAGCGCCGCCGCUCGCCAGAUCGCGGGAGAGAUGGUCUUGGGCUCGAGGCUGGACGGAGAGAGUCAGGUAGUCUCCGUUCGGAUCCGAAAGACCAUCCAGUCCAUCAAGGAGAUCGUCGGCAACCACUCCGACGCUGAUAUUUAUGCCAUGCUCAGGGAGACCAACAUGGAUCCCAACGAGACGGCCCAGAAAUUGCUCAACCAAGAUCCAUUUCAUGAGGUUAAGAGGAAAAGGGACAAAAAUAAAGAGCAUACAGGGUAUAGGGGUUCUGGUGAUACUAAUAAACGCGUGGAACACAAUGUACAGUGGGCAAAAUUUCACACAUCUUGGGAUCGAAAUGCUAGGAGAGGUGGUUUUAUUAGAAAACCAGCACCUGAUGCAGGAAUCAGCCAAGAAUUUCGUAUUGUGAGGGACAACAGAGUGAACCAAAGUGCUAGUAGGGAUGUUAAGUCAGAGUCCAUUCAACAUUCAGCUUCUGGUAAUGAACAAGUUGUAUCAGAUGUUCCAGAGAAGAGCUCUGCUUGGGUUCCAACUCAUCGGAAAAAAAUGGCUGCCAAGAACUCGGAGGGGCACAUGCUAACUAAAAGUGGAAAUGAGCCUUGUCAUUCUGAAGCGUAUCAUGCCAAAGAUUCAGACAGGCCAUUACUACCUCAAGAGACACAGCCAAUGAUCUCUAUUUCAGAGGCACAGAAAGAGGUCCAUAACAAUUCCAAGUCACAAUCUAAAUUGACAUCAACCAACUCUGUCAUCGGGUUGUAUUGGUCAUCUUCAGAUCCAGUUCAUGUUCCAUCUGAUUCCAGAUCAGCUGGAACAGUUGGCGCUAUUCAGCGUGAAGUAGGAGCAGUGGGUGUUCGGAAACAAUCUUCUAAUUAUCCUACCGUGCAUUCAUCUGUUUCGAGUAGUUCCAUUUCAGUUCCUUUAUUGGAAAAAGAUACCUCAUCGCCUGCAAAAUCAUCUAUUCAGUCUGCUGCCAUGUCUAGGAGCAAUCAACUCAUCCAGACACCUUCUUCAGAGCCUGUCUUGUCUAGCACAUCUUUUGGCAGGUCAUUUUCAGCUAGUCAACACCAUAGCAGACUUUACCAGCCGCCUGUGGGUCACCAGAAAGCUGUGCAGUCCAACAUGGAGUGGAAACCAAAAUCAAGUCAGAAGACUACUGCAGUUAGGCCUAGUGUGAUUGAAACAUCUUCAUCCUCUCCUCAUGCUGAUGGUUCUGGUAGCCCAAACCCAGUGGAUGUUCCUGGCUUGUCAGAGAAACUUUCACAAGUCAACAUUUUGGAAACCCAGCAUGUAAUCAUGCCUCUGCAUCUCCAAGUGCCAGAGUCUGAACAUAUUCGGCUGACAUUUGGUAGUUUUGGAGCUGGUUUUGACGCUGCUAACGGGUACACAUCCACUCUUCAGGCUUUUGAAAAUGCACAAGAGAUUAAUGAACCUACCCUAAAUAUACUAGCAACUGGCCCAGCAGGCUCCAGUGAGGAUGCCUCUGCUGCCAACGAAGGAGAUGUUGUGGAUGGCCAAGCUAGAACUUCCCAACCUGACUCUAUCGCAUCAUCUACAGAAUAUGAGGAAGCACAACCUGGAAAUAGUGAGUCCUUAAGUCCUCAAGAUAUUGGGAGUUUUGAGGAUAUUGGGUUGGUCCAAAGGGACAGCCCUCCCUACAGUUCAGUGGAAACACAGCAACUCCGAAAUCAAUCAGACCUGCCAAGUUUCUCAGCAUACUACCCCCAAAUGAGUUAUGAUGCCCCAUUUUUCAGGACAGCUAUGGAAGAUAAUGUACGCCCACAAGGUUUAUCUUCACCAUCUGAGGUCUGGAACUCACAUGCAGCGAGCAGCAGCCCUUCUUCAAGCAUCACCAUGGUUCAGCCGCAGCAGCAGCCGAUAGGUCAGCUGUACCCACAAGUUCACAUCUCACACUACCCUAAUUUUGUGCCGUAUCGUCAUAUCCUCUCUCCGGUGUAUGUCCCGCCAAUGGCCGUGCCCAACUAUUCAAGCAACACUGCAUAUCCUCAUCCAUCAAAUGGGAACAACUAUGUUCUGAUGCCAGGAGCAAAUUCACACAUAACUGCAGGUAGCAUGAAGUAUGCUCCCUCACAGUACAAACCAGUUCCUACAGGAAGCCCAACUGGGUAUGGAAACUAUGCCAAUCCAGCUGGCUUCACCAUAAGUUCUCCUGGUACUCUUGGCAGUGCUACCGGCCUUGAAGAUAUGACCAGGAUCAAAUACAAAGAAAACAGUCUUUAUAUUCCAACACCUCAGGCAGAUACAUCUGACAUCUGGAUUCAGACGCAACGAGAGCUUUCGAGCUUGCAAUCUGCACCAUACUACAGUUUAUCAGGGCAAGCACCUCCUGCAGCUUUCAUGCCCACCCAUGCUGGCCAUGCUUCGUUUAAUGCUGCAGCACAGUCUUCUCAUGUACAAUAUCCGGGCUUGUACCAUCCGCCACAGCUUGCCUCCGUUACGAGUCCCCAUCCAUUGGCCGCACCUGCCCUGGGUGGGAGCGUUGGGGUUGGGGUGGCAGCUCCGGGACCCCAGGUUGGGGCCUAUCAGCAGCCCCAGCUUAGUCACCUCAAUUGGACAGCCAACUUCUAGCAAAGGGGAAUAUGAUUAGGGAUGGAAUUAGCAUUACACAUGGAUAGGUGCUGAAGCUGUGUUUGUAAUGAAAAGCACUCUCUUUUACUGUAUGGCAAGCGAAGUCUAAUUAAAGUAAUAGAGUAGCCAUUUGUCUUGUGCUUUUCUUAUUUCACAGACUGACUGAUAGCCGCUGGAAUAAGCCUAGCCUAUGUAACAUAUUAUGCAUGUGGAAUGGCGGAAUGGAGCAUAUCUGAAGUGAAAGAUUAGUGAUAGAUAUUUAUAAAGCUGACUGUAGAAGUGGUGAAAGAGAUGCAAUAAUUUUUUUUUUUUAGAUGGUGAAUUCUAUUGAAAUGAUGAUCUGAUAAUUAGAGC